AUGCUUCUCACGGCGUUCUCUCAAGUCUCACUUCUGUUGACGUUGACCAUUCAUGCGGCUAUAAUUCCUGACGAUCGACCUGAAGUCAUCCCGGGUCCAGGGCUUCCGUCACUAGAAUCUCUUAACCUGACUUCAGCUGACUUAUAUGAGUUGCCGUUGCCGGGAGCUCAAAUAACCACCUCGGACAACGAACUGGUAUGCGGACCAGAAGACAUCGCUUACACUAGCGUCGAAAACCUCAUCGUCUGCUACCACUAUCUUCGGAGCCUAGGCCGGACGCCCUGCGAGUUUGAGAAUAGAGAGGCGAGAGCAUUGUGUUGGCAUGGAAUCGAUACUGUCGUUGUUGGUAUAGGUCGAACAGGAGGCCACGAGAGUAGCUACUGCAUCGACUUGGCGGUAGGAAUCUUAGCGGUCAUCGACGGCUGCACAAGGCCUGACGGAAGUUGCGCAGGAUUCGCAGUAGCCAACGGGAAUGCGAACAUCAUGGUCGGUGGAACGAAUGCUGGAUAUCAGAGGCAUCGUUGGAGUUAA